AGAGAAUUUAAAAUAACAUGUUUGCCCUCAUAAUUAAAUAUUAAUCAUGGAAGGAUUAUGUUUUGACAACGUACUGUUCAGUACUCGCUCAUCGGUAUCUACUGUGCUAUGUCCUAAUCCACACCUUUCACAAAAAUAAUCCCUGGCGAAGCCCAUAAUUGCAACAUUAAAGGACUAUAGGGCACAACAUGCUAGGCCAAAAAAUAGUUCUUAAAAUUUUGAUAUAAAUUAAACUCGUGCUGCGAGGUCUCACAAGGUCAAGCAGUUUCAAAUGACUAUCUGUCGCUACUAGCAACAAGUCAAACAUAUUAAUUCUACUUUAAUUUGUAUUGCUUGUCGACAUUAGAGUUCAGCUCGUUCUAGCGACGUUCAGCCGCAUCGUUGGUAAAUUAUCUGGGUAUCUUGGCACAACGGAAUGGUAUCACCUAUCGUCUCUUGUUAAUAUACGAUAUUCUUCACUAGUCAUUAUAUAAUCCGAUAAAAUAUACAAUACGGUAUGUAGUUGAUACAUUCAAUGGCAAUGUUUAACAUUUGGAUCUAAUAGUCGACUACAUUUUAGCAAAAUUAGCUGAUGUUAUCGUUUACAAUAAAAGCUGCUAACUAUACAAACAGGGAACGAGAAAAGAAGACAGUAUUUCUCUUCAAAGAACGAAAAAGAUUAUCAUAAUCCUCAAGUCUCCAAUUUCAAACACUAUUCCAAUUUCAAAACUUUAUUUAUACUGGGUAACUUUAUAUAUCGGUUCUAAACUGUUCUUCGCGGAGGUCCAAUAAGGAUCAUCUCUUAUUGAUCCAGUGUUACUACAGGAAGACACCUAAACUAAAUUAACUUUAUUCAUACUGGAUAGAUAGCUCUAUCAAUUCUAAACUGUUCUUCCUAGACUAGAGGUCCAAUAUUAAUACUACAAGAAGAAACCUAAGCUAAACUAACUUUAUUUAUAUUGGAUAGCUCUUCUUCUUAGAUUACUUUAUUUAUAUUGGAUAAACUGUUCUUCUCUUCGCGGAGGUCCAAUAAGGAUCAUCUCUUAUUGAUCCAGUGUUACUACAGGAAGACACCUAAACUAAACUAACUUUAUUCAUACUGGAUACUAUAGCUCUAUCAAUUCUGAACUGUUCUUCCUAGACUAGCUCUGAACGUUCAAUAAGAACCGUCUCUUAUUGGCUCAGUGUUCCUGAACCGGAGAAAAUCUGCGGUUUAUGGUGGACUGAAACUUCGUAAUCACGUAACAUUUCUAAUUCCUAGAAUCCAAGAUCCACGCGAGUAUGUCUCACUUUCCAAGAAACCUAACUCUUUGAAAUCAUAUUCACUACGAUCCAAAAAAUAUUAAUCAAGACUCCACAAACAUCCACUACGAUCCACAAAAUGCCCUCGCUGUACUUCCGCCAUCCUCAGCUCUCAGAGAAAUUGCUGCGCAGCCGUUACCAGACGGAGUACUUGAAUAAAUUCUGCAAGGAUUCUAAAUCAGUAUUGCAUGGUCAUCGCCAGCUACCUGAACAUGUCUGGCUUGAACAGCGACCCGUUGGAUCACCUACAUUCCGCGUAGACGAAGUAUCCACCGCGACGUACCUCAGACCACCUUACGCGUCAAGAUUGACUUACUACGAUGAAAUUAACAAACAGCGAAGAUUUGGAAAAGGCAAAGAGCGCUCUAGGUGCAAAACAAUGCAGCCAAAACAAUAUACAGACGACACGAAAGCCAGUAAAACCUCCAGACCAGCUAGCGAAGGAAACCAAAGCAUUUUCCCAGCGCCAGCAAACGGACAAGAAGCUAUAAACAAGAUGACUUUGCAAAAAUAUCGUGAAAGAAGUUACGAGAAUAUGAUUGGUCCUCGCGUCUUUUUCCGUCCCACAAUUCCACCGCAUCGCCAUGAUUACGUCAUACACCCUGCAUUUCAUUCCGAGGUUAAGAGACGCCCGCGUAAUGUGCCGGUCAGAAGACAUCCAAUGAGCAUGUCUGAACGAAGAUGAGGACUGAUCGUCUACUACAAGAAAUUAUAUUUCGCAAGAAAUUAUCAUUUCAGUCACUAUGGCCUGCAGUCUGAAUAGUAAACAGAACAGCAGCAUAUUUAGCAUCCGUAUACUGUAGAGGACACAAUCAGUAACAGAUUCGAAUUUAUUACAAAUUCAUCAUCACUGUUGAAUGUUGUGUUAGGUAGUUAGUUAAUACUUUAUUUAAAAAGGGAAAAAAAGUAUUUACAUAAUAUUUGUCCCUAUGUGCCUCAUAAAGAUACUAUAAUUAUAUAUGACUGUACAUGUUUUAUGAUGUGUUACCAAAGCAUUGACAAAGCACAACAUGUUUGCAUAUAGCGCAGGAAAAUUCAUCCACAUGUUGUACUUCGCGGUUCAAUUGGAGGAAGAACUCUUUUAAGUUUUAUUGUAAAAGAUGAAACCGUAUAAUUUUCAAUAGUCUUUAGAUCACUAGGUGAGGAAUUGAAAAGACUUGUACCACUACAGGAUAUCCGUAUAAUUUUCAAUAUAGUAUCGACAUAUGACUGUUGACAUCGCUUUUUAGUCUUCAACAUUUGAGUGAGUCAGUCUUCGGAAAUGACAAUACAUUUUUAGUAUAACCCAACCCUUGAGUUUAUUUUGUUUUUCAUUUACCCAACCUUUUACUCAUUCAAAACUUUGUUCAUCCAAUACUCAAUCAAAAUUUUGUUCAUCCAACCUUUUUCUCUUCAGUGCCACACUAGCUCUUAGGUGUGUUGGAAUUUGUCAGAUUUCGUGAAUCCAUAAAGACAAGGUAAAAUCAUACAAAUUUGAUUAUCGGAAACGAAUUCACUCAAUCCUAUCUGAGGCUAGGUUGACACUGUCCGGAUAGUUUUCCGUAGCGACGUGAAAAACACCUAUCCGUACCUUUUAGGAACGCUAUUUUCAGAUGAAUUAUUGCAACGGAGAGAUGUUGUUUCGCUCAACUUCUGAAAGUUGUACAUUCCGAAAGCUACUGUAUCUGGUAUAGCGUAAAGGUAGCCUAAAUUAUCUGUCUAUCACCAGAAAUUCUACUGUACAAUUGUUCAGGACUCCUAUGAGAACGGGUUGUUCUUUCGUACUGGUUUUUCAGACACCCAAUCAGCUCCGAGUGUAAAAUACUGUCUGUUUGGCUCCAGAGGAUGAUAGAAUGCCCGAGUGUGUACGAAAUUGUAAUCAUGUAGUGCGCCUGUGUUUAUUCUGGGAACAAAUCCAGGUAGCCGCGUUUGACGAGGCCUCUGGCUUUCGAAAUUUCUUGAACUUUGGUACAGAAAUGUUGGCGAUAGCUUGAUGCCAGGGUAGAUGAGACGGUGCUUUGGCGAAAACGUUGUGGCAUAUUCCGAUUUUCGUUUCGCAUCUUUCAG